AUGGCAGCACCUGAGAGUUCGUCACUUUGGAACAUGGAGGGCCGCUGGAUAUUUCACAAAGGUCUUUCCGACUCCACUGAUGCUUUGUUGACACUUCAAGGACAAGCUUGGUGGAAGAGACAGGCGGCAGGUAUUGUCACGGUCAUCGAACACAUCAAACAGUCGAAAACCCCAAGUGAUGUCCUUCGGUAUGACAUUGAGCUGCGAAUUUCUGGCGGAUUCAAGGGCGGAGCUGAAUGGUUGCUCGAUGGUUCCGAAGAAUCGAUGAACCACGUCAAUCUCGGUCGUAUCAAAAGUGCAUCGAUUUGGUCAGACUUGUCUGAACUUGACGAUGCAUGGUUGAAGGACGACUGGCUGAUUGAGAGGUCUUCAGGCCCAGAUGGACUGAAGCACAUCAAGGCAUCGGUAACGAGCGAGAAGGGUGGAUGGCAUCUAACUAAUGUAUGGGGAUUUGUUAAUUUAGAAGGAAAACGAUAUCAUGCGCGCAAGUUGCUUGUUCGGCGUAGAGAUAAAGUUGCUAGAUGCCGCGCUCACUAA